CGCCUACUCUCCCUUCUCUUGGCCGGCGCUUGGGCUCUAGAACACGGCGACGCUACACACUGUGACGUCACAGAAACAUUCCACUGGCCGCCCCUGUGCUGCUGCUGCCAUCCCCUGUGUGUUGCCCGCUCCCGUGCUGCUGCCUGCUGCCCCGUGUCAGGAGGUCGGCACGAUGGAGGUCUACAUUCCAUCGUUUCGCUAUGAAGAGAGCGAUCUGGAGAGGGGAUACACGGUAUUUAGAAUAGAAGUGUUAGUGAAUGGAAGAAAACAUUUUGUUGAAAAGCGGUACAGUGAAUUCCAUGCACUCCAUAAAAAGCUUAAGAAAAGCAUUAAAACCCCAGAGAUGCCCUCAAAACAUGUGAGGAACUGGAUCCCUAAAGUGCUGGAGCAGAGGCGGCAAGGACUGGAAUCGUACCUACAGACUGUAAUAUAUGAAAAUGAAGAACUCCCGAAAAUAUUUCUUGAUUUUUUAAAUGUUCGCCAUUUGCCAUCAUUGCCGAAGGCUGAGAGUUGUGGCUCCAUUGAGGAUAUUGAAUCAGAAGAAAAUAGCAAACUGUCCCACCAGCCUGUACUGCUGUUCCUAAGGGAUCCAUACGUCUUGCCUAAAGCCAACGAUCGUGCAGCAAAUGUGGUGAUUGAGGGAGUUCUUAAUGGCAUAUUCUACCCACAUCUACAGACCAGCUAAAGCUGUAAUUCCACCUCUGCGAAUCCCGAAACCUGUGGAGCCAUUAAGAGAAGAAGCCGUGUUCUACAGUAUUUAGUUAUAUGCAAUGGAGUGUACUAUGGGGGUAAUUCCAAGUUGAUCGCAGCAGGAUUUUUGAUAGCAA